UCUAUGCUCUGGUUUUGUGGCAGGACCGCUUCUUGCCUUUAAACGUGAUAGGCGGCCUGGUCCGGCCAGAAAGCGGCCAGCGAGCGCGAUGCUCAAAUCCCGAACGUUCUUGAAGAAGACCCGGGCGGGCGGAGUGCUGAAGAUAGUGCGGGAGCAUUAUCUACGCGACGACAUCGGUUGCGGGGCUUCGGGCUGCACCGAGUGCUGCAGUGCCCAGGAAGGGCCGGCCCUCGAGCCUCGGCCACGCGACCCCGAGAGCAGCCUCUGCCCACAGCCCCACUACCUUCUGCCGGACACCAACGUGCUGCUCCACCAGAUUGAUAUACUUGAGGAUCCAGUUAUCAGAAAUGUAAUCCUGCUACAAACAGUUCUCCAGGAAGUAAGGAAUCGGAGUGCACCAGUAUAUAAGAGAAUCCGAGAUUUGAUUAGUGAUCUUAGCAAGCAUUUCUAUACCUUCACUAAUGAGCAUCAUAGAGAAACAUAUAUAGAACAAAAACAAGGGGAAAAUGCGAAUGAUCGUAAUGAUAGAGCAAUCCGAGUAGCAGCAAAAUGGUACAAUGAACACAUGAAGAAAAUUACAACAGAUGAGAAUCAUCCUCAAGUUAUCUUCAUAACAAAUGACAUAAAAAAUAAAGAGAAGGCAAUAGAAGAGGGAAUACCAGCUUAUACAUGUGAAGAAUACAUAAAAAGCUUAACGGCAAAUCCUGAACUUGUAGAUCGUCUUGCUUGUCUAUCUGAUGAAGGGAAUGAAAUAGAAAGUCGGAAAGUAUUAUUUCCAGAGCAUCUUCCUUUAAGUAAAUUACAGCAAGGCAUAAAAUCUGGUACUUACCUUCAAGGAACAUUCAGAGCAAGUAGAGAGAAUUAUCUUGAAGCCACAGUGUGGAUUCAUGGAGAUGAUGAAGAAAACAGAGAGAUUAUCAUCCAAGGACUUAAAAACUUGAACCGGGCUGUUCAUGAGGACAUAGUAGCUGUGGAACUUUUGCCCAGAAGUCAGUGGGUAGCACCAUCUUCUGUGGUCCUGCAAGAUGAAGGUCAAAAUGGUGAUGAUGUAGAAGACGAAGAGGAAAAAGAAAACACUCUGAACACUGCUAUAAAUGUGAAAAUGUUAAGGCCUUCAGGAAGAGUGGUAGGAAUAAUAAAAAGGAACUGGAGGCCAUUUUGUGGCAUGCUUUCCAAAUCUGAUAUUAAGGAGUCAAGAAGACAUCUCUUUACACCUGCUGACAAGAGAAUACCUCGGAUUCGAAUAGAAACAAGACAAGCUUCAACCUUAGAAGGACAGAGAAUUAUUGUUGCUAUUGAUGGUUGGCCCAAGAAUUCUAGAUACCCUAAUGGUCAUUUUGUAAAAAAUUUAGGUGCUGUUGGUGAUAAAGAGACUGAAACCGAAGUUUUGCUCCUUGAACAUGAUGUUCCCCAUCAGCCUUUCUCCCAAGCUGUUCUUGGUUUUCUGCCAAAGAUGCCCUGGAGCAUCACUGAAGAGGACAUGAAAAAUAGAGAAGACCUGAGACAUCUUUGUGUUUGUAGUGUGGAUCCUCCAAAGUGUACAGAUAUCGAUGAUGCUUUACAUUGUCGAGAACUUGAAAAUGGAAAUCUAGAGGUUGGCGUUCACAUUGCAGAUGUUAGCCACUUUAUUCGACCAGGAAAUGCUUUGGAUCAAGAGUCAGCUAAAAGAGGAACAACUGUCUAUCUUUGUGAAAAAAGAAUUGACAUGGUUCCAGAAUUGCUUAGCUCUAAUUUAUGUUCUUUAAGAUCGAAUGUGGACAGGCUAGCAUUUUCAUGUAUUUGGGAAAUGAAUCACAAUGCUGAAAUUUUAAAAACAAGAUUUACCAAAAGUGCCAUUAAUUCAAAGGCUUCCCUUACAUAUGCAGAAGCUCAAAUGAGAAUUGAUUCAGCAACCAUGAAUGAUGAUAUUACCACCAGUCUCCGUGGACUAAAUAAACUAGCAAAAAUUCUGAAGAGGCGGAGAAUAGAUGCAGGGGCUUUGAUACUUUCUUCUCCUGAAGUUCGAUUUCAUGUGGAUAGUGAAACUCAUGACCCAAUAGAUCUUCAGACAAAAGAACUUAGAGAAACAAAUUCCAUGGUAGAAGAGUUUAUGUUACUUGCCAAUGUCUCGGUUGCAAAGAAAAUCCAUGAAGAAUUUUCUGAACAUGCCCUGCUUAGAAAACAUCCUGCUCCUCCUCCAUCAAAUUAUGAAGUCCUUGUGAAGGCGGCUAAAUCCAAAAAUUUGGAUUUUAAGACUGAUUCAGCAAAGGCUUUGGCUGACUCUUUAGACCAAGUGGAGUCUCCUAAUUUCCCAUAUCUAAACACACUCUUCAGAAUAUUAGCCACUCGCUGUAUGAUGCAAGCAGUUUAUUUCUGUUCUGGAAUGGAUAAUGAUUUUCAUCAUUAUGGCUUAGCAUCACCAAUAUACACACAUUUUACUUCACCCAUCAGAAGAUAUGCAGAUAUAAUCGUACAUCGGCUUUUGGCAGUAGCUAUAGGAGCAGACUCUACUUACCCAGAUCUGACAAAUAAACACAAGCUAGCAGAUUUGUGCAAAAAUCUCAAUUUCCGACACAAAAUGGCACAGUAUGCACAACGGGCAUCUGUCGCAUUUCAUACACAGCUGUUCUUCAAAAAUAAAGGAAUAGUGAACGAAGAAGCCUAUAUUUUGUUUGUAAGAAAAAAUGCUAUUGUAGUGUUAAUUCCAAAAUAUGGUUUAGAAGGAACUGUAUUUUUUGAGGAAAAAGACAAAUCAAAACCAAGACUUGCUUAUGAUGAGGAGGUGCCCUCACUAAAGGUAGAAGACACAGAAUUUCAUAUUUUUGAUAAAGUUAAAGUGAAAAUCACCUUAGACUCAUCCAAUCUUCAGCAUCAGAAAAUUCGUAUGUCUCUGAUAGAACCACAGAUACCAGGAAUAAGCAUUCCUAUUGAUUCUCCGAACUCAAACACUGAUGAACCAGAAAAAAAGAGGAGCAAGCUAGAAAAUUAGCUGUAUCUAACAGAAAAGGGACUGUUACAAAAUUGAUUUCCUUUUGUAACAUUGGGGAAGAACACUGUCAAGUUUCAUGGUUAAAAGUAUCUGGUACAAAUUUAAUUUGUUUCUUUUAAAGUGCAUUUUAAUCAUUUUUAAAAUUUGCAUUUUUAUUAAACAAUUGCCUUCAAGUCUUUCUCAUCAUCUUUUCAUUUUCUAGAUAUAACACAACUAUUAUUUAUGCAGAAAAAUUAAAUUGAAUGCCCAUCACUUACAUAUUGAAAAGACAGCAACUUCAGGGACCUGAUAAAGAUCAUUUAAAUGAAUUUACUUCAGAAGUGCCAAUUACUUUAGUAGCUUAUUUUGGAGUAUUCAUCUCUUUAUUGAAAAGCUGAUUCAUUUGUCAUAAAUAAUUUCUGGUUUCUUAAAUGAGGAACUUGAAGAGGACCUUCCUGGAUGUAGAGGAUAUAAAAGCUAGAAUAUCCUCUAAAUGCCCAAAGUAUCAAAAUGCUUAAGAAUAAUGAUAAUUUAUUCUUCCCCAACCUUGAAAUGUCCUUUGUUUGCUCUUUGGCAUUCUAGAAAGAAUUCAUGUUUAUAUUCCUUCUCCAAAAAUUACCAGUUCAUAUUCUACUUCAUCUGUUAUAGGAACUGAUCUGAUUAUACUGAUCUGUCCUAAGGCAGGAAAGGCAGAUUGCCUUCUCUUUAACCUUCCAGAAAGAAUUGCUUGUUUGACCAUUGUUUGUUUGUUUACUUUGGUAGGAUUUCGGGUAAUAUGGAAAGUCCCUUCUGUUUAGGUGUCUUUUUAAAAAUUAAAUUCUUUGAAUGGGUGGAGAUCAUUUCCUACAGCAUACUUCUUAUUCUAAAUUACUUCCAAGUAAAAUCUGCUUUAAGGAAAAGGAAGAUGAAUGAUACUAUUGCAUAGCAAUUAUAAAUGAUUUUAAGACAUUUCUGCAUAAUUCCAAGCUCUUUGGGGUCUCAGUUUUCAUAUUUGAGAGUUACAGAAGCUUUGAAAGAUCUUUUAUAGCACUGUUUCUUAUAGGGAGAUUCAUCAUUAUUCAUCAGUACUGGAGAGUAGGAAACUAUUUUUUGCCUUUUAUAAAUACCUCAUAACUUGGGGUGGGGUGGCUUACAGCAGUGCAUGGAGCACUGCUCUUGAAGUCAGAAGGCCUCGACUCUUAACACUUCGUAGUUAGGCCAGCCACUUAAUUCCAAUUGCUUUAAAAAAAAAAAAAAAGAAAGAAACAAAAAGACCCCAUAAUUUAAUCUCGGAGACAGAAUUUACUGACUCCUUGACAUGGGAUGCCAACAAAAAGUACCUUCUAAUGCACAGUUGUAGCUAGUGUCAGGUUUGGAACUAGAACAAAAUUAAGGUUUUUCUUCAAUUAACAGUAAUUUUUCCCUUUCUGCUAUAAGAAUUAUAUUUCAUAAUUGAUUAACUAUUAAAUACCCAUUCUUUAGUUUAUUGCAGGAAACAGAGUAGAUAACUCCUCAGUGUCCCUGAAUGAUAGUAAAUAUAGCUCAGGAUGAGGGGAGGGAAAAGAAGUUUCUGGUCCCUUUCUUCCACAGUCCAAAUCAGGUGUCAUUAAAUAUAGGAAUUAGUUUUAUUGGAAAGCACUAAUUUCUGUUCAGUUUGGAUGAUUAUACUAUUUGAGAUCAAAUCAUAAUUUUCUCCUUUGAGAAUACUUCAAUUUCUUUAUUGAAUAUAAAUUUAGUACAUUUUGGUGAUAAAAGGAUGUGCUAAUUUAUCUGCCUUUGGUUUUUAUGCUUUUCUGUAAUGGUCAUGGUAUGUAAAGGUUCCAUGUACAGCUGAGAAUGUGUAUAAUUUUUUCUGUUUCCCUUCAGUAACUUCCAGAAGUUUCUAUUAUGUACGUAACCAGUUCUAUUCUGGUCCUUAAUUGGUUAUUUUUUGGUCACAUUUGUCUAAGUCUUAAGAUGAUAACUUGAGAGCUCCAACUGUUAUAAUUUUUUUUAUCUGUUUCAUUCUAGAAGUUAACUUUUCCUCUAAUAAAAUUAGAUGCUACGCCAUUUGGUGAAAAUACUAGUAUUAAGUAUCGUUACUGUUUAUCAUAAUGUAUUUUCUGUUUCUCUCUUUUAAUCAAAUAUUUUAUUAUUUAUGCACAAUUAUAAAUAAUUGGUGCCCCUGCUUGUUGAGUUCACUUUUAAGAUACUAGAUUUGCUCUAAAUCUCUUUAUCUGAGUCUUUUGGGUAAUCUGCUUUCUAUUUCAGUCUAUUAUCCUAUUUUAUAGGUGAUUUCACCCCAUUCCCAGUUAUGAUUUUUAAUCAUUUUUUCCAUCCUUUUAUACUUUCAAUCUUUGCUACUUUUUAAUGAGCAUGUUGAAUGUCCUCAAUAUUGCUGAUCUAAAUUUUAUAUAAUUUGUUUCUAUUCACUAUAGUUUCAUUCCUCUUAGUUCCCAGUCACAGAUUUUUUUUUUCUUUCUCCCAAUUCUACUUAAAUGUUUUAGCUUCCAAAGUUUAAUUCCUGCACCAAAUGUUUUUGGUAUGUAUUCAACCCUUAUUUGUCCACUUCAGAUCAAAGUUCAAUUAUAUAGCUUACAAUUUCAUCCAUUUCAUAUUUGUAGUCUUGUAUUUGAAAUGAUUCCAGUCUAGCUUCUUUUUCUUUUUCCUUGUGUGUUCUGCACUCCUUUCAUUUUAAGACCAAAAUAUAACAAAACUUCCCUGUUUUAUUCCCUCAGUGACUCUUGAAGAUAUUAAUCUUCUGAGGCUAUUUCCUUCCCUUCUGUUAGAAAUACUACUUCAUAAUGUAGUUCUUUCCAGUUCAAUAUAUAUUCAGCUCUGGCCUUUUAGUAACGAAUAUUUAUUUUUCAUUAAAUGUCCACUUUCUCAUCCAUGUGAUUAUUUUCCGUUUUACUAAAUGGUUCUUCUAGCCUUUAUAGCUUUUGCUCUCUUUUAGUACUCCAAACAUUUUUUUUUAGAUAUGCUAAUUUGCCAACCGUGGCUCCUUGGUACUUGAACUCUUUGUCCCCCAUUCUUUAUUUAUUUUAAUCUGGAAGUUCUAGGUUUUAGUUUUGACAUUCCUACUAGUUUUCAUUUGGGGAAUUUCUUUUAGUUGGUGCCCAGUGGAUUCUGUUUUCACUUUGCUCUCUGGUACUAAGAAGUUUAAGCAAUUUUCUUUUGUAUUAAUUAUCAAACAUUUGUUUAUUCUCUUCCCUCCAAUAAACCCUUAGAAUAAAUAUGCAAAAUCAGACAAAACAAUAUGUGCUUCUCCAUGGACUUUUUGGGUAAUUUCUCAACUUUUAGUAUUUUACACACAGUAAUAUUUAAUGUGGUUUCCUGAAAGUAAUCCAUUCCAUUCUUCUGCUGAAUUCUGGGCUUUGUUGUUAGUUAGUGGUAUUCAUAUAUUGGACAGAUAUUGCUAAUUAAUUUUACUGCAUUAAAAUUACCAUAUGUACUCCUCAUCCACGCAUCUUUUCUCAUAUGAUUGACUCUUUGUGGAUUUUUUUUUACAAUCUGCAUGAUGUCAUAGACAAAUACUAGUAUCUGGAAGACCUCACCAUUUACAACUUUUAUAUUUUUCAAGAGUUCUUGUAUUAUUUUCUCAUGUGUACAGGACACACCUUUGUUCAAUAAAGUAUUAAGUGCCUAUUACAUGCCAGAAAUUGCACUAAGUAUCUGGGAUACAAGUACACAGAAUAAAAUCAUCUCUACUCAAAAGGAGCUUACAUUCUAAUGGGGAGAAAAGUAUAUAUAAAAUUAUAUUUAAUAUAGAUAUGUUAAUACUCUUUAAGGGCAGUUUUGUGAAAGCUUCUAUGUAAUCUUUUCUAUACCCCUCAUUAAGGAAUGCCCUCAAUUUGUAUGUAGAUACUUUGCAAAAAUUUUGUAUAAGUAGGAAAGUUUGUGUAUGAUAGGUAUUUUUCUGAUUGCUUUUUUUGGUAAUAAUAAAGUCAAAGAUUUUUAUAUUA